AUGAGUUACGGCGGCGGAUACGGUGGCGGCCGUGGAGGCGGCGGCUACUCAAAUGGUUACGACCGACACGAGCGAGGUGGUCGCGAUCGAAACGGCUAUGGUGAUGGCCAGAAUGGUAGUGGUGGCUACGGCGGUGGCGGCGGCGGUUACAGCGGUGGAGGAGGCUAUGGUGGUGGUGGCUAUGGCGGCGGCGGCUACGGUGGAGGUGGAGGUGACAGGAUGUCCAACCUUGGAUCCAGCCUAAAGACUCAGAGUUGGGAUAUCUCUGCCCUACCCAAGUUCGAGAAGCACUUCUACAAGGAGAACGCCGAAGUUGCUCAGCGCAGCCCCGCUGAAGUCGAUGCCUUCAGGCAAAAGCAUGCCAUUACGAUUGCCGGCAAGGAUGUACCUAAGCCCGUCGAGACCUUCGACGAAGCCGGCUUCCCCCGAUACGUGAUGGACGAGGUAAAGGCCCAGGGCUUCCCCGCCCCAACUGCCAUUCAGUCCCAGGGCUGGCCCAUGGCUCUUUCUGGACGAGAUGUCGUCGGUAUUGCCGAGACCGGAUCCGGAAAGACUCUUACGUAUUGUCUUCCCGCCAUCGUCCACAUCAAUGCCCAACCCCUUCUCGCUCCUGGAGACGGUCCUAUUGUCCUCGUGCUUGCUCCGACCCGUGAGCUUGCUGUCCAGAUUCAACAAGAAAUCACAAAAUUCGGUCGCUCUUCUCGCAUCCGAAACACUUGCGUCUACGGAGGUGUCCCCAAGGGCCCCCAGAUCCGUGACCUCAGCCGAGGUGUCGAAGUCUGUAUCGCCACCCCCGGUCGUCUCAUCGACAUGUUGGAGGCCGGCAAGACUAACCUUCGUCGUGUUACCUACCUCGUUCUCGACGAGGCCGACCGAAUGCUUGACAUGGGUUUCGAGCCCCAGAUUCGCAAGAUUAUCGGCCAGAUUCGCCCCGACCGUCAAACUUUGAUGUGGUCGGCCACGUGGCCCAAGGAAGUCCGAGCCCUCGCUUCCGACUUCCUCAGCGACUUCAUCCAGGUCAACAUUGGCUCUAUGGAUCUUGCCGCCAACCACAGGAUUACCCAGAUCGUCGAGGUCGUCUCUGACCCGGAGAAGAGGGAUCGCAUGAUCAAGCAUCUCGAGAAGAUUAUGGAUAAUAAGGAGAACAAGAUUCUCAUCUUUGUCGGCACCAAGCGUGUGGCGGACGACAUAACUCGUUUCCUCCGCCAGGACGGCUGGCCGGCCCUCUCCAUCCACGGUGAUAAGCAGCAGAACGAGCGUGACUGGGUCCUCGACCAGUUCAAGACCGGAAAGAGCCCCAUCAUGGUGGCUACGGAUGUUGCGUCGCGUGGUAUCGGUAAGUUCACACUCCCCUCCCCCUCCCUCUUCCCCCCUCAACAACCAUUAGCAACCUCCAGCAAGUCAUUGCUGUACUUUACUCUCAUGUCUAGGGGCUUUCUUCCUGCGCAAAACUUGCCUGAACUCUUCGUGUUCCCUUGGUUCAUAUUCCCUGCGUGGAGUCUUGGUUUGCAGCGUGGCCGGAACCUCGAGGCCACGCUCGUUGACUCUCCCUUGUACCGACCUAUUGGUGAUGAAUCUAUGAAGUGGUACAAGCAUGUUCGCAACAUUACACAUGUAUUGAACUACGACUAUCCCAACAACUCUGAGGAUUACAUCCACAGGAUUGGUCGUACUGGUCGUGCUGGUGCUCGCGGCACGGCCAUUACCUUUUUUACCACUGACAACUCCAAGCAAGCUCGCGAUCUAGUCAACGUCCUCACCGAGGCCAAGCAACAGAUUGACCCGCGCCUUGCCGAGAUGGCCCGCUACAGCAGCGGUGGUGGCCACGGACGCUACGGUGGUGGCUACCGUGGCCGCGGCGGUGGUCGCACCAACGCCAACAACAUGCCUCUUGCCAAGCGGCGCUGGUAA